AUGUUUAAGUUUUUUGGAAGAGGAAGACAAAAUUCUAUUUCUUCAAACAAAUCAAAUUCUUCAGAACUUUCUACAACUAGUGCUUCAGCUAAAGAUGAUGCUAUAAUCAAAAAAUCAAAGUUGAUUUUAAAACAGGCACACGACUUUGAGAUUGCUUUACAAGCAAUGGAUUAUUUAUUGGAUGAUCGUACCAAACUAGGAUUCAAAAUUUUAAAUGAUGAAGAACAAGUCAUCGAGGGUAAAUCGGAAAGUAUUGUACCCCCUGGCUGCCCAACAAUUUUAGUCUUGGCUACUGGUGUUAUUGAGUUCUUGGAGGCAACUUUAGGGUUUGAAAGUAGCGUCAUCUUAAAGGCUGGUGCCACUUUGGGAAAGGCUGAGCAAUUAUCUUUAAAAGCGCAACAAUAUAAUAUCAAGUAUAACUUGAAAACCAGUCAUUUGUACCCACCAGGAACCGAAUUUCAGGUUACUUACACUGAAAGUUGUUUGUUGAAUGCUCUUUUGAUGUUGUUCAGUGAAAGUAUGAUGGAGAGUGCCAAAGCUUUGUUAAAAUUGAAAAAAGCUUAUAAUACUUUACAGGAAAUUUUAAAAUUGAUUAAUAAGGCCCAACUGGAGCACAAGUCAAGCAGUGCCAGCAUCAGUGGUAAAAGACCACCCAGUGCUCAACAACAUACUGUUACUGCACCAUCCAGAAACCCAUCUAUUUCCAGCGUUUCUAACUUAACUCCAGCUACCACUCCAGUUGUUGAAACACCAGCCACAAACAGUAGUAGUGCUAGUAUUUCGAGUAGAUCAGGUGCCACCAACAUCCAAGGUAAUAAUCAAUCUGGAUCCACUUCCAACUUGAGAAUUCCAAAUACACCAACCGGAAGAUUACAUUCUAAUUCUGUUACUAGUAUUCAUAGUACCUCUAGCAGCUCAUCUUUGUCUAAAUCCAAUACCCACUCUCCUGCUAACAAUGCUUCCCAAAUUUCUAUGGAUGUUCCAUAUAAGUUUAGCAAUGCUCAAUCAUUGGAAGAAACAGAUAAAGAACUGUUGGAAUUUGCUGAUAAGAUCUAUGAAAUGAGAGACAAAAGAUUGUGUGGUUCUCAUAUUGGGAACCCACCUGCCUCUAUUAGAUUACGUACGGAAUUAGGGAUAAGUUCAACAAAAGUUGAUGAUGAGGAUGGCACUGCCAUUGAAGAAGACAUUGAUGUUCAGCACACUUAUUUGAAUGGAGCCAAGUGCAACCAGCAGUGCACUGUUGAUGAGUUUAUUCAUUCUGGGGUUAAUCUAUGCUUUGGUAUUCUACAAGUGAUUUUAUCUUUAUUGCCACCUGCCAUCGGCGCAGUCCUAAGUGUUAUUGGUGUCAGGGGUAAUAGAGAAGAUGGUUUAAGAAUGGUUUGGAAAUGUGUUAAAGAAAGAAAUAUUCACGGUGGUUUGGGUUUGUCUGCUUUAUUAUUUUAUUAUAAUGGUCCUUUCCAGUUUGUUGAUGAUGAUUUUGACAUCCCUUUGAAAAGUAGUGAUCACAGUAUUAAGACCGAACAGAAGGAAAAAAACGGAUCCGAGGACGUGGAAUUGACUAACGAUUUGGUAGAUAAGUUAAAAGCUGAUGAUAAUGCUAAAGCUGAUCAGCAUCCCGAUGAGAUGACCAGUGAUGAGUUACUGCAUCCUGGUAUUAGAUUAGAGAGGGAAUUAUUGAAAGCACGGGCUGUUUUCCCUAACAGUGCCCUAUGGCUAUUGCAAGAAAGUAUGCUCUUAUCUAAGAAGGGCAAAUUAAAGGAAGCUGUCGAACUAAUGGACUCUAUUGAUGCUACUACUAUUGAAAUGAAGCAGGUCAAAGCGCAACUAGUUUUCACUAGGGCCAUCACUUUGGUUCAUUUACAUGAAUUUGAGAGAGCUGCUCAAGAUUUCUUGUAUUUAAUUGAGAUUAACGAAUGGUCACAUGCUUUUUACACAUACUUUGCCGGUUGCUGUUAUUUGGAGAAUUACAGAAUGUGCCAAAUGAAUUUACUAGACUCUUCAAAAAAAGAAUAUUAUCAUGAGAAGGCUGUUGAGUUGAUCUUUAGUGCUCCAAAUUUAUUGAAUAAGAAAAAAUGGAUGGCUAAAAAUUUACCAUUUGAUAGAUUUAUGCAAAGAAAAGUAGAUCAAAUUAAGGCUAUUCAAUCCAAACAUAAUAUCAAAGAUCCAUUGGAUGCCAUUGCUACUUCUCCAGUUCACGAAUUAUCGUAUUUGUACCAAGGUUUCUCAAGAAUGGAUGAGGAUUUAUUAAAAUUAAGCUUGAAAUUAAUUACUGAAUAUGAGAAUCCAGCUACUGAAUUAAAGUUGCCCGAUCAAGAAAUGAUUAAAAAUUUCAUGACUGCAGUUAUAUAUAGAAGAAUUGGUCGUGUUGAAGAAGGUUGUAGAAUUUUGGAUACUGAGUUAAUACCUGAAAUUAUUUAUGAUGUUAAUCCUACUACUAACAAAACCAGAUUUAAUAAGUUAACUCAAGAUCCUUGGUUAUAUCCAUCUGCACUAUAUGAACGUGCUUUAUUUUCUUGGAAAAUUAAGAAUAUUGAUGGUUUGACGGAGUCCAGAGAUUGGUUACAGAGAGCAUUAGAUUUUGCCGGUGAUUAUGAAUUGAGUACCCGUGUUGGUAUGAGAGUAAAAGCCGCUUUGGGUAGGGUUCAAGAUUCUUUAUCUAAAUGA